UAAAUAGCGCAGCCGGGCAGGCAGACGCACCACACUACGCUGACGCAGACGGCGAACAGCUUGGCUCAGCUCAGACAGAAGAGUUGGGGAAGCAGCUUCGCACACUCCGGUACCUCUCCUCGGAGAAGAAACGCCGUGAAGAUGUCCACAUACGUAUCCUCGGACUCUCGUCGCGUCAGCCCCUCGGUCCACGGGAUGAAGUUCGACACAGCCCACCGCAAGAAAGCCGUGCCUUACAUUUUCGAGAACGUCAACCAGGAAGUGUUGAUUAAGUUAUUUCAGAAAACGGGAGACACGAAGGCGGAGGAACGGGUGAAAAGUAUCUACUCCUACGCCCAUGACCAGGAGGAGACGUCCAAAGCGCUUAUGGCACUAAGACAGCGGAAGAAGGACAAGUUCCUGCAGAUCGCUGACUUGGCCAGGCAGUCGCUGAAACUCCACUGACUCCCACCGCGCUCUGCGGAUAUGAAUCGCUUGCUUUGGCGAUCAAAUACUAGGCGAGACUCGCCGCUGGGGAUGCGGCAACGGGGCGGACGAAGAGAGCGCUCUGGGACAGAGCAUGAACUGUGAAAGGCUGCAGUGUGCAGCAGGCCGCAUCGGAGCGCUGGCACAGUUGUGCCACAGAAAAAAAUCGACAUCACGCACAGAAUGAGGAGGGAUUGAUGGAGACGAACACACGGAACGCUGAAACACACGACAUGAACUGACCAAUUUGACGGCUUGGCCGUGAAGAUGUAUGCAUUUUUUGAAUGCGCUGGGUUAUGAUUACACCUUACAGGUGUCUUAAUAAGUGCACAAACUGUUACUUGAGACAUGUGCCGAAGUAAUUGCCUGGAAACGUGGGCUCUGGAAGUACAAUGCCUUGUCUCUGUACCGGUUUGAAAUUAAGAUUAAUAAUCUCUGAACUGAUUUACUACAAAAUGUUAUGAUAAUGCGUGGGCGCACAAUUCACCUUUUGCAAUUACCCGAAUAAAUUAUUUUAUUAAAGUGCUUUUCCCUUGGUGUUAGAAAUGUUUCCACACACAAACAUCGAGGAGGCAGAUGGUUUGAUCAUGUACAUAAUAAGAUUCACACGCAAUAUCUGUAGCUAUGCAAUAUUUGAUAAAGAUAGUUUAAUUAGCAAGGAACUGAACCCACACUGCAGUAUGGGAAUGCUGCAUUUACUUACAAUAGCAUGUGCAAUGAUCGCAAGAAUGUACAGAGUAUGGCUAUUUAAUCUCCCACUGGAAUCAUGUUUGAAUAGAUAUCAUGUAAUGCAAUGGGUUGUGGAAAUCAGUCAUUUCAUCUCACAGCUGAUGACGUAAUUCAAAAUUCCU